AGCGGAUUAGGACUGCUGUCAAUCUGUCAAUUGUCAAACUUUAAAUGUCAUGUACAUGUGCUUAAACUGCUUGUGUAAAAUUAUGUUAUAAACAUUAAAACUCUAAAAUCACAAUGAAACAGAAUAAUCCUGAAGAAAAAGCUAAACAGAAAAAGUCUAAAAAGGACAAAUUCAAGUUGUACAAACCUAAAAAGAAGAAAAGCAGCGAAGAAGAUGGAGCAAUCCAAUAUUUACAGGCUCAAUAUGACAAGAUAAAUCCAGACGCUGUCAAAACAUUCAAAGACUUCCCCCUGUCUCAAAAAACAUUAAAAGGUUUAAAAGACAAUAAUUACGUUACACCAACCGAAAUACAACGACAAGCAAUCGGAUAUGCUUUACAAGGCAAAGAUAUUUUAGGUGCGGCAAAAACUGGCUCCGGGAAAACAUUAGCAUUUUUAAUACCAAUCUUAGAAAAUUUAUUUUGUAAAAAAUGGACUCGGCUCGAUGGCGUUGGUGCACUAGUUAUUUCACCAACAAGAGAAUUAGCAUAUCAGAUUUAUGAAACAUUGAGAAAAGUAGGUGGGCUACAUGAUUUUUCAGCUGGUUUAAUCAUAGGCGGGCAGAAUCUUAAAUUUGAAAGGAAAAGAAUGGAUCAAAUUAACAUUUUAAUAUGUACACCAGGUAGACUUCUUCAGCAUAUGGAUGAAAAUCCACUUUUUGAUUGUAGUCAUCUCCAAAUACUUGUAUUGGAUGAAGCGGAUAGAUGCUUAGAUAUGGGAUUUGAAACAACCAUGAAUGCUAUUAUAGAAAACUUACCACAGGAGCGUCAAACAUUAUUAUUCUCUGCAACUCAAACUAAAUCUGUUAAAGAUUUAGCAAGAUUGAGUUUAUCCUUCCCUACCUAUGUCGCUCCUCAUGAACAAGCAGAAACCGUGACUCCAGAAUCCUUACAACAAAGUUAUAUAGUCUGUGAGAUAGAUGAGAAAAUAGGCAUAUUAUGGUCAUUCAUUAGGAAUCAUUUAAAGCAAAAGGUGUUAGUCUUCAUGGCUACCUGCAAACAAGUAAAAUAUACAUAUGAUUUGUUUUGUAAAUUGAGGCCAGGAGUUAGCUUGUUAGCUCUGUAUGGUACAUUGCAUCAAGAAAAAAGGGAGAGAAUUUACAAUGAAUUUUGUAGAAAGUCGAAUGUAGUCUUGUUUGCUACUGAUUUGGCCUCAAGAGGUUUAGAUUUCCCUCGUGUGAACUGGGUAAUUCAAAUGGAUUGUCCAGAAGAUGUUGAAACAUAUAUACAUAGAGCGGGACGCACAGCAAGAGGUGUUUUAGGAAAAGGUGAAGGUCUUUUAAUGCUUCUGCCACAUGAAGAGAAAAUUGUUGAGGAUCUUAAAAAAAGUAAGAUUCCAAUAAAUAAAAUAGCAGUAGAUCCAUCUAAAGUUGUAGCUCCACAAAGAAAAAUUGAAGGAUUACUUUCAGAUAACACUGACCUUAAACAAACUGCCCAAAGAGCAUUUGUCAGUUAUGUUAAAUCAAUAUUUUUAAUGAAAAAUAAAGAAGUUUUCAAUGUUCAUCUUCUAGAUACUGAUGCUUAUGCCAGAUCUUUAGGCUUGAUAAUCCCUCCCAGGAUAAGGUUCUUACAUAAAAACCUUAAAGGAUAUAAUCCACCCAAAAAAGAACCGGACGUUGAGCAAAAUUAUGAUGUUAUUGAUAAAUUAAAAGCAAAAGUUGAAAAUGAUGGUGGUACUGAUCAAAGUUCAGAUGAAGACGAAAAGCCUGCACCACAGGAUAAGAAAACAAAAAAACUCACAAAAGAACUACCUAAAUUUGAUUUCCACAAUGAUGCGGAUAGUGAAGAGGAUGAAUUUCUUCAAGUUAAAAAAGCUAAUGUAGAUGUUAAACUCCCAAUAGAAGAAGAAGACCAUAUAACAUCUAAAAAGAAAAAGAAACCAUUGACAAAAGCUGCAGUUGCUAAAAAAUUACUGAAGAAGAAAAUUAAAGUAAAUACACAAGUAAAAUUCACAGAAGAUGGUGAUGCUAUAGAAGAUGAAAAGAAAGAUGUAAAAUCCGAUUUGGCUAAACAGUUUAUUAAUGAAAAUGUUGGUGGAAUAGAUAUAGAGAAAGCAAAAGAAGUUUUGAAAGAAGAAGACAAAUUUGAUAAGAUAAGAUUCAGAGAAAAAGUUAAAGCUAAACAUAAAGAGCAAAAGCGUAAGCUUAAAAAUAAGAAGAAGGAAGAAGCAGAAGAACAAGAUGAUUUUGGAUCACAAUCUGAGUCUGACGGACCAGAUUUGUCAUGGUUACCAGAUCCUGAUAAAAUAUAUGGCAAAAAAGAUAGUGGGAGCGAAAAUAAUCAGUCUAAUACAGAAGAUGUUAGUGAUUCUGAUGAAGAUAAAUACCACAGGCCUAUGAAACACAAACUUGUUGAGAGCAAAGGUAUCCCACAAGAUAGUGUUGCACCUCGAAAGAAAAAGAAACUCAAAGAUAUAUCUGGUUCUUUAUCUAUUGUUGAAGCUGAAGCACUUGCAAUGAAGUUAUUACAGUCAUAACAAUUGUUUAUUUAUGCUAAUCAUAAAACAAAUAAAUGACGAAUUUUAAAAA